CACAUGAACGGUGAUAAUAUCCACGGAACAGGCAGCAGGCAGGAGGAACAAAGAAAGCCGCCCGUUGCGUGGAAAACGUCCCCUCACUUCGUCAACACGGACAAAUACCCACUCCACAGAGGCAGCUUUGGCUUUUACUUUAAGACACUUUCCCUUAAACUGUUACAUGCCACAGUGUGUCGUCGGUCCGGCUGGCUGCUUCGGCUCAGGAUAGAGGAAACUUGGCGUCGUGAGAGGUUUGUCGGGUCGCGUUUGUCCAAACCUUCGCUGGUCGGAAGGUACCGCACGGAAAUAACCAGAGCUUGAUAGUGCGACCUGCGUCUUGUGGAUUUGGCAAAGAUGCACUUUUCUCAGGACGCCUACGCUCGGAUGGAUUAAGAGGAGUGUGGUUCCCCUGGUUGAAGACAGUGUGUGUCCAACAGCACCUUUCCACCCAGGACCUACUGUGAUGCCAUUGCGCCCAUGAGGUAGCGUCAGGACCUACCGUCCCCUCAUUACCACCCUUGGUCCAUCCAUUUCCCUCCCCUCUGUCCCUUCUUCCCUUGGACCCACCCAGCCAUGGGCCAGAAGAUCUCUGGCAGUAUCAAGUCAGUGGAUGUACGCGGGGAGCCCUCAUAUCGGCCCGUGCGCCGCGAACUACGGGGCCCGGAUUUCUGUCGGCCCCCCAGGCUGGACUUAUUGCUGGACAUGCCUGCGGCCACCUCUGAGACCCAGCUUCGUCACGCCUGGAACCCUGAUGACCGGUCACUCAAUGUCUUUGUUAAGGAGGACGACAAGCUGACUUUUCAUCGACAUCCAGUGGCACAGAGCACAGACUGUAUCCGCGGGAAGGUGGGAUACACCAGGGGCCUUCACGUGUGGAGGAUUCACUGGCCGGCCAGGCAGAGAGGCACCCAUGCUGUCGUGGGCGUGGCCACUGCUGAAGCAUCUUUGCACUCAGUGGGCUACACAGCUCUGGUGGGCUCGGACUCUGAGUCCUGGGGCUGGGACCUGGGUCGGAACAGACUCUACCAUGAUGGAAAGAACCGGCCUGUUUCCACGUUGGCACCCACGUAUCCGUGUUUCCUGGAGCCAGACGAGUCAUUCGUGCUUCCAGACUCUCUGACAGUAAUACUAGAUAUGGACGAAGGAACACUUAGCUUCAUGGUAGACGGACAGUAUCUGGGAGUAGCUUUUAGAGGGCUAAAAGGCAAGAGACUGUAUCCCAUCGUCAGCGCUGUGUGGGGGCACUGUGAAGUAUCUAUUCGCUAUGUCAACGGACUAGAUCCGGAGCCGCUCCCCCUCAUGGACCUGUGCAGACGAGUAGCUCGACUGGCUCUGGGCAGAGAGCGCAUCCAUCACAUCGACACACUCCCACUGCCGCAGACGCUCAAGAACUACCUCCAGUACCAGUGACCACACACACACGUACACACACACACACGGGAUGAAACUGUGGUCCAUUUGUUCUUAUGGUUACCAGCGUCCAAACUGAACUUGAUCAUAACCAUGAGACAUCUGCUGAGGAUGCGGACGAUGAUGUUGACUACGAACAGGUGGUGAAGUUGGCGCUGCCAGGGGUUUUGUUUACGACAGUUGGGGGUUUUCCAUUUUGAAUGUUUUUAUCGUCUUGGUUUCUGCAUAUUUUUUUUUCUCGCUGUCUUUUUUCCUGUACUGGCUGGAGGAGCUGAUGAACGAAAUGAAGGGAGCGAGGAAUUAAAAGAGGGUGUUGCAAUCCACCGUCCUGCUAAUCAUGGCGUAUAGUGUCCUUAGUUUGAGAGUUUACACCGACAUCUUUUCUGCACAGACUCGGUGGAAGCCUCCUCGGAAACAUGUUGGUAUUUAUAUUUAUAUUCCCAACAACACAGCAGGCUCUGUGGAGACGCAACAAUCCCUCCAAGCCACAGGAGAGACAGAGAGGGAGAAGGUCCACACACAGUUCUAUUUUUGUUAGUUUGUACACAGUGCAGCACACAUAGAUUGCAUAUAUACUGUGUGUGUGUGAUGAGUGUACAGAAACAGAGCUCAAGCUGUGUGUAGUACGAAGACAACUCACUGACAAGCAGGCAGUUACCACCUACAGGCUAAAGAACACAACAACUGCAAUGUGGUUUGAACAUUUUGAAUCCCCCUCCUCUCUCCUGCCAGCUCUUCUCUCUUUCUCUGCGUCCCUUCAUCACUCGCUCCAGUUUGAUUUAAGCCUCCAUCAUGUUUGGUGAACUCAAAGGACCGCGGGCUCUGUUUGUCGCCUCUCCAGCUUCUGUAACGCUGAUAGAGAUUGAUCUGAAGGUGAAGCUGUGUGUUCGACUGCUAAUGUGCCUGCUGCUCUGAGACAGAAACACAAGCAAAAAAAAAAAAGCACAUUACAACAUUUCUGUCAUAGCAAAAGACCCCCCAAGUUUUAAAUGCUGCUUUUCCAUCUUUUUUUUCCCUCCACCAUCUCACCCUGAAGUGGGUUUUAUGCCUGAUUUACUUUUGAAAAUUAUGGUUUUAUGAUGAGAUUGUUUUUUAAAUGUCUUUUUUUUCCUCCAUUACAUGGAUCUUGAGAUUUGUUUACGGGACAAGUUGUCUCGCAGGUAUAGGUAGAAAAAUGUGCUGCCAUGAGAAUCUUUUAAAUGUGAAUAAGAAUAAACUCAGCUAAACUCGCA